GAUGUAGACCGCAGUGCCCAUAAACUCAUUUCAAAUUUGUUCGCAACAUGUUCAUGGAUUUGCGGGAGAGUGGGGGUUAAACCUAAUGGUGUGUUCAUGGGUUUGCAGGAGACACAGGAGAGAGAUAGUUUUGGGGAAGGGAAAAUGAAGCGUUGAGAUUUCUGUGACUGCCGAGUAAUCUGGGAAGGCUUUUGAUUUGCGAGUAAAAUGGAGCUUGUGCGCGGAAAUUAUCAGAAAGGAGACGUCGUCUGGGGAAGGACCUCGCACCAAACACAAUCAUGGCAGCCCUGUUUCGUUCGGAGAUGGGAUCAGCGGGGGGUUCUCGUCUCCUUCUUCGACUGCCCAAGAACUCGGUACUUCCCGGAUUCCGAAAUCUGCUCCUUCGAGGAAAAUUUCGAAUCGCUCUAUAAGCAUGUUGGGUCUGAGGAGUUGCUAAAUCGUGCUCUAGUACGGUUUCGUCGAAACGCUGCUUGGCGGCUAAUGUGCCCUUGCCAAUUGUCGUUGGAACACAUGACUGUGCGCCGAAAACCUAAGGAGCAGGUUCUUGAGGAGACCAGUUCGUUUCGGCCGGAUUUGGUGUUGAGGUUUGUGCACGGAAUGGCUGUUUUCCCUUGGAUUGAAGAAGCAGAGAUUGCUACUGCGGCGAGGGUGGUUUCUCAGCUUGAUAUCUUUCGGUACUAUGUUUCGAUGAAGCAGUAUCUUAUGUACCAGGAGCCAUGGCGGCGCUGUAAGAGUUCUUCUGCUAUUGAAAGUUCAAAAACUGUGUUAACCGGCAUUUAUUCAACAAUGCAGUCAUCAUCAUUUGGAAACACUGUGCACCCAAUCAUCCAAGAAUCGAGAGACUUAGAACUGAGGAAUAAAUGUGAGGCAUUGUCUAAGCAAGUGGAUAAUAAUUUUGCAAUUUGGGCAAAAAAGAGAGCAAACUGCAGUGCUUCUGUUUCAGAAAAAGCUAUUACUUCUCUGCACCAGAAUCAAGUGGAAUUUGGUGGCGAAUCAAGUGCUUUAAUGGAGGAACAUUCAGUGCCUGAAGGAGAUAGAGGAUUGGUGAACUCAGGAAUUACAAGGCAAAACAAUGACGAUGCUGUUAUUUCUUACAGUGAACAUAAGGAAGAUUGCUUCCCAGAAAAUGCUAAUUCUUACUCUCCUGAGGAGCUGGACAAUGCACCUGCGGACAUAAAUGUUGAUGGAUCUGACAGUGUCUUGGUAAGAAGACAACAUGAAGAAAGUCAGUGUCAUGGCUUUCCCCUGGCAUUUGAACUCAGGACAGGAAAUCAGAAAGACUCCACUGAGCAAAGUGUGGAACAAUGUCACUGUGAUAUGCAUGCAAACUUGCACUGUCUGGCUCGAAAUGCUUUCUGUGGUUGGGGACAGUGCUUGAAAAUAAUGGUGCAGAAUUUCUUAUACCAGAAUAUAUCUAAUCCCUGGCCAGGAGAAAAUUCUCUUCAUAAAACCAGUGAAGAUCAAUUCUAUCAUUCUGGAUGCAAUAAUGCCUCCAUGAUUUGGCUGAGGAAGGAGGUUGAAAACAAAAAUGGCAUUGCAGAUACUUCUGGUGUCUUAACACUUUACACGGGAAGCCCUUUCAACCGUUUGGCAUUGAAAAGGGGGCUUGAAAAAUCUGCCAUGCCUGAAAUGAUUGAAGUUGGCAUGGGGCAGAAACCUGGAGGAAGAGUUAAUAUUCUAAAUGAUGAUAAGGCCUUGGUAUAUUGUGUUAAGAAGCAGAAAUGUAAAGGAAGUGUGUUUAAUGUAAAUGAUUGUGGAACCUCCAUUUCCUAUCUAAAUAACGCCUCUGACAAAAUCACUGAGCACAUGAAAGGUGAUGUCAACCUCAGUUUGGUCCAGCCUUCUGCCAGUGUAUGGUUCAAGAAUGCAAUUGGAAAUCAUGUUGAUGGUUAUGAAGCUGGUGAUGCAACUGCAACAACGAGCGAAUAUCCGUCAUUAUUCAUAAAUCAGAUCAAGAUGCAGUUAAACAAUAGUGUUGGUUCCACAUCUAACGUGACAGACAAAGUAGCUUGUGUUUCCGAUGUUCAUAAUGUAUCGGGGGACGUGAAAAUUGAUCCCCACAUUGGUUUGGUGCAGCCUUCUGCUACUGUGCCAUUGUUUAAGAAUGCAGUUGGAACUCAUGCCAAUGAGGAUGAAGUCGGUGGAUACAAUUCCUUAUCUACUGAUCAAAACAAGAUGCAGCCUAGCAGUAGUAGUCGUUCCACAUCUGAUGUGACCAAUAGGGAGGUGAUCCUGAAAUCCACUAUUAAGAAGACUUCCAUGGAGGAUUUAGAACUAAAGGAGCCAACUGAUUCUGAUUUACCAGCUAAGUCACAAGUGGUUGAGGAACCAGAAAAAGUUGGCAGAUUCGUUGGUCCUGCAUCUUUGCACAUGAAGUUCCCCAAGGAUUUUGCUCUGCCUUCCAAGGUUGAGUUGGUGAAGAAAUUCAGUAAAUUUGGUCCGGUGGAUUCUUUAAAAACAAAAAUCUUUUUCUAUACGGGUUCUGCCCAUGUGGUUUUCUUUUGCCAACUUGAUGCAGUGGCUGCUUACCAAUUUGCUAAGAGAAGGGAUAUAUUUGGUCAUGCGGAUGUCAGGUUUUGGCUUGACCCAUAUGAACAGAAGAGAAAAAGAGUCGAGUUUACGACACCCAUGUUCAACCUAAAGUCUUGUCUUAAAAGAUCUAAUUCCACUGGGGAAAAGGAUGGCAGGAAGCCUCGCCGUGUAAGAUUUCUGUUAAGAACCUAGAUUAAUCAAAAUUUAUUAGCUCUGAGUCUCCUAAGAGAUUACAGUAGGAUUAGAGGCCUAAAUAUUUUUUCUUUGAAAGCAUGUUUUGGUGUUCUGCUGGUAGAAAACUUUAACUUUAUUAGUAGUAGUAUUAGUAGUUCUUUUCAUAUCAUAUUUGCAUUAGAGAUGAAUUCACAACAUGAAUGAAGCCCCACAACUGAUCAUUUAUUCCA